AUGAAUGUAGUUUUAUCAAAAAGUGCACUUGAAAAUGUAUCAAAACACAAAUAUUCUGGCAUUGAUGAUUCAAUUCUAGCAAAAUUAAUUUUACAAAAAUAUUGGAACUUUUGUUUAAAAUUUGUUCCAUUAAAUAUAGCACCAUAUCUUAUUACAUUAACAGGUACAAUUACAAUUUUAUUAUCAUUUUUUAUAGUUGGAUACUAUUCACCAUAUUUAGAAGGUACAUUACCAAGAUGGGUGUAUGCAAUGAGUGGUUUGACAUUAUUCUUUUAUCAAACCAUGGAUAAUUUAGACGGAAAACAAGCAAGAAGAACUGGUUCAAGUUCACCAUUAGGUCAAUUAUUUGAUCAUGGUUGUGAUUCAAUUGUUUGCACAUUACAAUCAUUAAUUGUUGCAAGUGUUGCAAAUUAUGGAGUUGGAUAUAUAUCAUUAAUUCAAUUAUUUAUUACAGCAUUAUUACCAUUUUGGAUGGCAACAUGGGAAGAAUAUCAUACUGGUGUAUUACAUCUUGGUCCUAUCAACGGACCAGAUGAAGGUAUUAUUAUUAUUGUUUGUGCAUUAUUGAGCACAGCUAUAUUUGGCAACGCAUUUUGGACAUUUAAACCAUUUGUAGCAUCAUCACAACUCUUACCAUCAAUCAUCCAACAAUGGUUACCAACAUUCAUUCAACAAUUGAUGCUCAAUGAAAUCAUUGUAGCUUCAUUAUCAUUACCAUGUUUAAUCACUUGUUUCUUUAAUAUUAAAAAUGUAGUUCAACAUUUACAAGCAAAACAAAAACCAAUCUUACCAGCAUUAAAACAUAUUCUAGUUUGGGUUAUCAUCACUGUCUCUUCUUUUAUUUGGUAUUAUACUUCAACAAAUUUAUUACCAUUAUCUUCAAUUUGGUUUAAUAAUAUUAGAACUGUUCAAUUUUCGAUUGGUAUAAUUUUUGGUGAAUUAGUUAGUCGUUUAAUUUUAGCUCAUAUGUGUCAUGAAAAAUAUAAUAUAAUUCAAGCACCAUUAUAUCCAUUAAUUUUAUCAACAUUUUGUUCAACAAUUAAUUAUUUUAAUGGUACCAUAAUAAUUCCAGAGAAUUUAUUAUUAAUUUUAUUCACUGUAACCUCAUUUGUUCAUUACUCUUUAUUUGUAAAGAGUACAAUUAGUCAAUUAUGUUCUUAUUUAAAUAUAAAAUGUUUUACAAUUACAAAGAAACAUUAA